UUUGCUCCGCACUUUGGAUACAGAGCGGCGCACAUUGCUGCAGUGAAAAUGGCGGGAACACUCGGCGCCAUCACAAAGACCGAAAUUCCAGGGUUUAUUUGUAUAUAUAACAACAAUGGCGAUGCUUCAAGAAUGCUAGUCUUCAAACCCAUUCGCGGGAACCCUCUGCCUGUUUGCUUUUCGUUCUCAAGAUAUUUCAAAAUGGCCCAAGCAGAUCAGCUUAACACCAGCCCUGAAAUCAAAGAGCCGUCCACGAAAGUUCCAAAACUCAGUCAAAAUGGGGUGCACGAAGUUUCUCAAGGUGUAGUCUCCGUUUUGAGAGUCAAAAAGCUAUCUGAAAAAGCCGUGUUGCCUUCAAGAGGUUCCCCUCUCGCAGCUGGCUACGAUCUGUCAAGUGCAACGGAUACCAAAGUGCCAGCUAGAGGAAAAGCCCUGGUUCCUACUGAUCUAAGCAUUGCAAUACCUGAAGGCACCUAUGGUCGCGUUGCACCAAGGUCUGGUUUGGCUUGGAAGCACUCCAUUGAUGUGGGUGCGGGAGUAAUCGAUGCUGAUUACAGGGGCCCUCUUGGGGUUAUUUUGUUCAAUCAUUCGGAUGUUGAUUUUGAAGUGAAAGUGGGUGACAGAAUUGCACAGUUGAUUGUUGAGAAGAUCAUGACACCCGAUGUUUUAGAAGUUGAUGAUCUGGAUUCUACUGCAAGAGGCGAUGGGGGAUUUGGAUCCACCGGUGUUUGAAUCUCUGGGUUCUUCAUUUUCCUAUGUAAUGGGCUAGGAUUAGGUGUCGUUUUAAAGGGUUAAACUUUGUUGGGUAGUUUAGCUGAAUCAAUGGUGAGGAAAGCUGCUUUGUUUUGCUUCUCAUGGUAUUUUGAGUUGUAAAGAACCUUAUAUAUCCAGCAGUAACUGAGCUCUCUCACUGAUCUUUUACAUUA